AUGGCUAAGAAAAUUUCGGAAAAGGGCAACUCGCCUUCCCAGUCCGAUUCCGAGAGGUCCAGCCGCCGCCGUCAAGAUUCCUUUGAUGGCCAAGCAACUCUACAGAACGAAAAGGAGGACCUGGACCGAGCCCUCACCAAUGCCGACUCCAGAGUGGUGGCUGCUCCUCCCCAGGCCGCCGACCUUGAGGACAUGUUUCGUCAUCUGCCGCCAGACGAAGCCCAAAUCCUGAGGCGCCAAACCGUCACGCCCGAACUGAAGCAGGGCGUUGCUGUUCUUUACCGAUAUGCCUCUCGCAACGACCUCAUCAUCAUGGCCGUAUCUGCCAUUUGUGCCAUUGCCUCUGGCGCUGCCUUACCACUCAUGACCGUCAUCUUUGGAAAUCUUCAGCGCAUCUUUCAAAACUACUUUUACGCACAAGGCCACAUGAGCUACGACUCCUUCAUGGACGAACUGAGCAAAUAUGUCCUCUACUUUAUAUAUCUCGGAAUCGGCGAGUUCGUUGUCACUUACAUAUGCACUGUGGGCUUCAUAUAUACUGGCGAGCACAUCAGCGCCAAGAUUCGCGAGCAUUAUCUGGAGAGCUGCAUGCGCCAGAACAUUGGCUUCUUUGACAAGCUCGGUGCUGGGGAGGUGACCACUCGCAUCACUGCCGACACCAACCUGAUCCAGGAGGGCAUCUCUGAAAAGGUAUCCUUGACUCUGGCGGCCGUGGCGACAUUCAUCACCGCCUUUGUGAUAGCCUUCGUCAACUAUUGGAAGCUGACACUUAUUCUCUCCUCCACCGUCUUCGCCCUCAUCUUGAACAUUGGUAUCGGUUCGAGCUUCAUGUUGAAGCACAAUAAAAAUUCUCUCGAGGCUUAUGCUCAGGGUGGAAGUCUUGCCGAUGAAGUCGUCAGCUCCAUCCGCAGUGCUGUCGCCUUCGGUACCCAGGACCGCCUCGCCAGGCAAUAUGACAAGCACCUUGGGAAGGCCGAGUACUUUGGAUUCCGUGUCAAGAGCUCCAUGGCCAUCAUGGUUGCCGGAAUGAUGCUCAUUCUUUUCCUCAACUAUGGCCUUGCCUUUUGGCAGGGUAGCCAGUUCAUUGUCGAUGGCACCGUACCCCUCAACAAGAUUUUGAUCAUCAUGAUGUCCGUCAUGAUUGGUGCUUUCAACCUCGGAAACGUUGCCCCCAACAUGCAGGCUUUCACUACUGCUGUGGCUGCGGCCGCCAAGAUCUUCAACACGAUUGACCGUGUCUCGCCUCUUGACCCCAGCGACGACAGGGGUGACAAGAUUGAGAACCUGCAGGGCAACAUCCGCCUUGAGAAUGUCAAGCAUAUUUACCCUUCGCGCCCCGAAGUUGUGGUCAUGGACGGCGUGACUCUUGACAUUCCGGCUGGGAAGACGACUGCCCUUGUCGGUGCUUCUGGCUCUGGCAAGAGUACCAUUGUCGGCCUCGUCGAACGAUUCUAUGAUCCGGUUCAAGGUGCCGUCUACCUCGACGGUCGAGAUGUUGGCAAGCUCAACCUUCGAUGGCUCCGUCAGCAGAUGGCUCUCGUGAGCCAGGAGCCUACCCUCUUCGGCACCACCAUCUUCAACAACAUCAGCCAUGGUCUCAUUGGAACUCAGUACGAACAUGAAGGUGAAGAGAAGCACAGGGAAAUGGUGAUUCAGGCCGCAAUAAAGGCCAAUGCGCAUGACUUCAUCUCUGCUCUCCCUGAAGGCUACGAGACCAAUGUCGGUGAGCGCGGCUUUCUCCUGUCUGGAGGACAGAAACAGCGCAGUGCUAUUGCCCGAGCUGUUGUCUCGGACCCAAAGAUUCUACUUCUUGACGAGGCCACAUCUGCUCUCGACACAAAGUCAGAAGGCGUUGUUCAGGCCGCCUUGGAGGUUGCUGCUGCUGGUCGAACCACCAUCACCAUUGCCCAUCGCCUGUCCACCAUCAAGGAUGCUCACAACAUUGUCGUCAUGAGUUCAGGCCGCAUUGUAGAACAGGGUACUCACGACGAGCUUCUCGAGAAGAAGGGUGCAUAUUACAAGCUCGUAUCAGCCCAAAACAUCGCCGCUGCGGAGGAUUCGACUGUCGAGGAAGAGGAGCAUCUAAAUGAGCAGCAGCAGGCGCUUCUUCAAAGGAUGUCCACAAACAAGAAAGGCCGGUUGACCAUGGAUCCCGAUGAAGGUAUCGCCAACAAGCUGCUACGCCGCUCGUCUACCCGGAAAUCUGUGUCUAGUGUUGCCCUUCAGAAGAACACGCCCGAGGGCGAAAAGAAGUACGGCCUGUGGACCUUGUUGAAGCUCAUCGCAUCCUUCAAUGCUGCCGAAUGGCACCUUAUGCUCUUCGGCCUGGUGUUUGCUGCCAUCUGCGGCGGUGGUAACCCUACUGCUGCAGUCUUCUUCGCCAAGCAGAUCGUCACCCUUUCGCAACCCGUUACCCCUGCCAAUCGCGACCAGAUCAAGAAGGAUUCAGACUUUUGGAGUGCCAUGUACUUGAUGCUUGCCCUUGUCCAGUUCUUGGCCUUCUCUGCCCAGGGCGUUGCUUUCGCCAUGUGCUCUGAGCGCCUGGUUCGCCGCGUCCGUGGCAGGGCCUUUAGAGCCAUGCUGCGACAGGACGUUGCUUUCUUCGACAAGGACGAAAACACAGCCGGUGCCCUCACAUCCUUCUUGUCCACAGAGACGACGCACGUCGCAGGUCUCAGCGGUGUUACUCUCGGCACCUUGCUCAUGGUCUUCACCACCCUAAUCGCUGCCUGCAGUGUUGGCCUGGCCAUCGGCUGGAAGUUGUCUCUCGUCUGUAUCACCACUAUGCCGGUUCUUCUCGGUUGUGGCUUCUUCCGAUUCUGGAUGCUUGCUCACUUCCAAAGACGAUCAAAGGCUGCGUACGCAUCGUCGGCCACCUUCGCCUCCGAGGCCAUUUCUGCUAUCCGUACAGUUGCCGCCCUUACACGUGAGAGUGACGUUUUGAAGCAGUAUCGUGACUCGCUCGCUGAGCAGCAGCGCCGCAGUCUGAAGUCGGUUCUGAAGUCGAGCACACUCUACGCCGCUUCUCAAGCUCUACUUUUCCUCUGCUUUGCCCUUGGUUUCUGGUAUGGUGGUACCCUUAUCGGCAGAGGCGAAUAUGACCUGUUUCAGUUCUUCUUAUGCUUCAUGGCCGUCAUCUUUGGAGCCCAGUCAGCCGGCACCAUCUUCUCCUUCGCUCCUGACAUGGGCAAGGCUCACCACGCUGCUGGCGAGCUCAAGACUUUGUUUGAUCGCAAACCCACUAUUGACUCUUGGUCCGAGGAGGGUGAGAGGCUUCCCAAGGUUGACGGAACCCUCGAAUUUCGAGACGUUCAUUUCCGAUACCCAACUCGCCCUGACGUUCCCGUUUUGCGCGGUCUCAACCUUACCGUCCACCCCGGCCAGUACAUUGCCUUGGUCGGCGCCUCUGGUUGCGGUAAGAGCACAACGAUUGCCCUCCUCGAACGAUUCUACGACCCCCUCUUUGGCGGUAUUUUUGUCGAUGGCAAAGAAGUCAGCUCCCUCAACAUCAACGACUACCGGUCCCACAUUGCCCUUGUCAGCCAAGAACCAACUCUGUACCAGGGCACUAUCAGGGUUAACAUUCUCCUCGGUAGCUCAAGCGAAGUCGUCUCAGACGAGGCUAUCGAGUUUGCUUGCCGGGAAGCCAACAUCUACGACUUUAUCGUUUCACUGCCUGAAGGUUUCAAUACAGUAGUCGGUAGCAAAGGCACACUGCUCUCCGGUGGUCAGAAGCAACGCGUUGCCAUUGCUCGUGCUCUCAUCCGCGACCCCAAGAUCCUCCUACUUGACGAAGCUACGUCGGCGCUUGAUUCCGAGUCGGAGCACGUUGUGCAGGCUGCCCUCGACAAGGCUGCCAAGGGUCGUACCACGAUUGCCGUCGCCCAUAGACUCAGCACUAUUCAGAAGGCCGACGUCAUUUACGUGUUUGACCAGGGCCGAAUUGUUGAGGCAGGCACUCAUUAUGAAUUGAUGAAGAAGAAUGGGCGGUACGCUGAGCUGGUCAACCUCCAAAGCCUUGCGAAGCAUGGAUGA